ACUUGAAAUUGAAAGCAGUUAACGAGCACCACUCGUUACUCCUAAAUGAUAAACGAUGGUCCCUUCCCAGAUCCAGGGAUAGUAAACCUUGCAGUGUGAACUUUCAAACUCGAAGAUGGUCAGUUGUAAACCUCAACAUUUUCUGCUUGCUUUGAGUUUCUGCUGGUGGACAACUUGUAUCCACGUUAGCUCUGAAAAGCACAGUCUGAAACCUGGAGAAAAACUGAACAGCACCACCCUGUUACGUUCUGAAAAAGGUUAUUAUUUUAUUAAGAUUGUAACAAGUUACUUGCAGAUCUAUGGCCCCAAAAAUGAGAAUUGGACAGUGUGGAUUGGUAAUAGAAAUCAACCUGUUGACACGGGUUCUGCAGUUCUGCUGCUAAACCACUCUGGUGUACUGAAAAUAGAAUCCAAAGAUAUUGAACCCAUCAUCCUUUACUCUUCACCACAACCUUCCGAAAACACUGUGGCCACCUUGUUGGACACGGGCAACUUUGUACUGCAACAACUUCACCCCAAUGGAACAAACACAACACUGUGGCAAAGUUUUGAUUACCCUACUGAUAAUUUGCUCCCUGGGAUGAAGUUAGGCGUCCAUCACAGGAGUGGCCAUAAAUGGUCACUAGUUUCGUGGUUGACUAAUUUGGAACCAAGUCUUGGGGCAUUUGAACUUGAAUGGGAACCCACUAAAACGGAAUUGAUCAUCAAGCGAAGAGGAAAACUGUGUUGGGCAAGUGGAAAUCUGGGAAACGGUAGACUCAUGCAAGGCACAUCUUACGAGAUUGUCUCAAACGAAAACGAAAGCUACUUCUCAAUCACAACUUUCAAUGGAGAGCUUACAAGAUGGGUGCUUUUAGAAACUGGGCAGCUGAUAAAUCGGAAUGGAGCGGAUAAUAAUGUUGCGAGGGCUGAUCUGUGCUAUGGCUACAACACAGAUAAAGGGUGCCAACGAUGGGAGGAUAUACCCUUAUGCAGGCAUCCUGGUGAUGCAUUUGACAGCAGGGAAGGGUACCCCAAUGCAGACAUGGCAAACAAUCUAGAAAAUUCGAGUUAUGGGCUAAGUGAUUGUCAGGAUAUGUGCUGGAGAAACUGCAAUUGUGCUGGAUUCAAAAACUAUUAUGAUGAUGGUGGAACUGGUUGUGUAUUCUAUCACAAGAACUUCACCACGGGUACUAAUUUUGCAAGUGGGGGCUCUAAAUUCUUCGUACUUGUAAACAAACCCCAUCACAAAGGUAAAAAAAUGUGGAUAUGGAUAACUGUUGUAUCAGUAGUAGCUGCUCUGUUAGUAAUCUCUGCAAUUACUCUUGCCAUAAAGAAAAGAAAACGUCGUCUUGAAGGGAAAAAAAGAAAAGGGGUGGAGACUAAGAAUAUGGCAGAUUUAGCAGCAUCAAAUAGAUUCUAUGAUGUCAAAGGCUUUGACGAUGAAUUAAAGAUCAGACAAAAUCUAAAAGUGUUUCCUUUUACAGUGGUAUUGUGGGCAACAGAAGAUUUUAAUCCUGAAAACAAAUUAGGUGAAGGAGGAUUUGGACCUGUUUAUAAGGGAAUCCUUCCUUCUGGGCAAGAAGCGGAGAGGCGCUGCUUGAAGAAACGCUGGAAGAAGAAAAUUUGGAGAACGACAGCCUAG